AUUUCUAGUUUAACCCCACGUCUUACAUUUUUUUAAUAUCACGCUGAACCAUUACUGAUUAGUAGUGCCUCAGAGUUAAUUACAAUAUUAAUCAAAUCCCAUUACCAUGUCACAACCAUUUAUAGCCAUCAGUCUUCGUUAUUAAAUUAAUUAAUCUCCUCCACCUUCCUUAAUUAUCUUAAUUGAAUAUACCUUUCUCCCUAAUCCCACCGCCAAAUUUAUUAUUAUUAUUUUUUUUAAAAAUAAUAAUAAUCAGAUUAUACAGCUCAAAUACCGUUGCAGUUUCCACGACGCCAUAGAUAGUGAUUUAUUUUUUUCUUUGAAUUCAUUGAAAAAGUGAAAAAAAAUUAUGAGAGAGAGCUCAAGGCAACAGCAUCAAACUCAGCUUUUUUGGCCGCGAGUGGUGAUGCGUAAAUGGCUCAAUUUUAGUGCUAAGGAUUCCGAUUACAGUGCUGACCCUGACUCUGAUGUCGGCUCCGAUUCCGGUUCCGAUUCCGACCAAGAAUUCUGUGACUGGCCGAGGCAGUCGGGGUUGAACGAUGCAAAAGACGGGAAAGUUGGAAUUGAUGAUGCUCUUCCCAAAAUAAGAAGGCGAAAAUCAGAAACAUUUAGGGCACAGUAUAUUAACGCUAAAGAAAUUAGAGUAUGUGUUGGCACAUGGAACGUUGCAGGAAGAUUUCCUCCAGAAGAUCUUGAACUUGAUAGCUGGUUGGAUGUUAAUGAGCCUGCUGACAUCUAUGUGAUUGGAUUUCAGGAAGUUAUACCUUUAAAUGCUGGCAACAUAUUUGGUGCUGAAGAUAACCGCCCAAUUUCAGUUUGGGAGGACAUCAUUCGCGAAAGUCUGAAUAAAGUCUCACCAGUGAAUAAGUUUAAAUCCUUUAGUGAUCCUCCUUCUCCAUCAAGGUUUAGGCCAUCUGAAGAUGCCCCUGAUAUAGAAGAAGAAAUCGCUUUUGAAUCUGACAGUGGAAGUGAGGAGGAAAUUGUCCCAAUAAAUGAAGAGUGCAAUGACUUUGUUGAAAUCAAGGAUGGAUGUAUCGUGGAGGAUCAUACGAUUGUGAAAAAUGAUGUAGCUGUUUUGAACAAUACUUGGGGUUUGGAGCCAAUCAAUGAGGAGUUUCAAAAGCAAUUUCCUUCUUCAAAAAAGCUAGACAGGCUGAAUUGCUUUAGACCAGACGAGGAGGAAGAAGAAACAGGAGAAUCAAAUUUACAGUUUGCCAAAAAAUUGACAAAAACACUUAGUGGGACAGAAAGAAUUGGUCUUUGCUGGCCAGAGAAACCAUUGGAUCUUCUGGGCCAACAUGUUUCAGAAAGACCUGGUUCCUUCAAAUCAAUGAAAUCAUUUAAAGCUUCUAAAUCUUUUAACACUUACAGUUCUUUUAAGUUGACUGUUAAUGGUCAGAAUAGAACACAAUCAGAUGCAAAUCUGCUUGCAGGACUAGACCUUGAAGCUUUGAUUAAUAGGAAAAGAAAACCAUCUUACGUGAGGAUUGUGAGCAAGCAAAUGGUUGGAGUUUUUCUUAGCGUAUGGGUUCGUAGGGGCCUAAGAAAGCAUAUACAGAAUUUGAAUGUAUCUACAGUCGGUGUUGGAGUAAUGGGCUACAUAGGUAACAAGGGAUCAGUAUCUGUGAGCAUGUCAAUAUAUCAGACUUUCUUUUGCUUUGUCUGUACUCACCUUACAUCGGGUGAGAAGGAGACAGAUGCAGUCAAAAGAAACACUGAUGUCCAUGAAAUUCAUCGAAGAACACAUUUCAAUGCAUUUUCGUUAAUCGGACUUCCUAAGAGCAUCCAUGAUCAUGAGCGAAUAAUCUGGCUGGGAGAUCUUAACUAUCGUAUUAAUUUGCCAUAUAAUAGAACACGGGAGCUGAUUGCAAAAAAGGACUGGUGUAAGUUGAUUGAAUAUGAUCAGCUCAGCAAAGAGUUCAAGAAAGGUCGUGCAUUUGAUGGGUGGUCCGAAGGUACUUUAAACUUUCCGCCGACUUAUAAGUAUGAAGUAAACUCAGAAAAGUAUUGUGGAGAGGAUCCGAAGGCCGGGAGACGUAAUCCAGCAUGGUGUGAUCGAAUCCUAUCAUUCGGGAAGGGAAUAAGGCUGUUGCGUUAUGGAAGAUCUGAACUUAAGUUUUCAGAUCAUCGACCUGUCUCUGCCACAUAUAUGGUAGAGGUUGAGGUAUUUAGCCCGAGGAAGUUGCAACGGGCCCUCACUUUUACUGAUGCGGAAAUUGCAAAGGAGGAAAUUGUCACAAAUAUGGGAUUAGAGAAUGGAAUGAGCCGAUUCAUAUCAGACCAGGGUGAAUCUUGUUGGAUGCGGUAAACAGUUGAAGAGGCUGAAAGAUGGAAUUUCCAGGACUCGCGAUUUUUCAUGAGUAACGGUUCUGCAUAUAUUGUUUUAAUUUUUUAUUCUUCAAUCUUGAUCAGGCAGGCUGUAUAUUGUGUUUAAUUAGGUGAUGCAUAUGUUUACUGUAUAUUGUUUGUUGUUCAGACUUGAAAGUGAGUGAGCUCAUUUUUGUAGUCUUCCUUCUUAGUCUGGGCUUUUUCCAGCAUGAAUUUAUGAAGCAGUUGUACAGCAAAUUAGAAAUGUCCCCAAUAUUGUUUAACAAUACUUAUAAUAGAAACGAGUUUGUUAAUGUCCA